AUGCAGCUCCUCCACGCCCUCUGCCUGCUUGGCGUAGCCAUGGCCGCGCGCGUGGCGCCGCCCGUGCGCGACAAGAGCGUCGGUAUCUGCAACACGGAUGCCGAGUGCGCCAAGUACCCUGGCACUGUGUGUAUCCUCAUCAACUCGGGCGACUUCACGCAGGGCAAGUGCACGCCCAACUAUGGCACACGACCGGUCUGCCGCGGCGGCCAAGCCGGUCUCUGCCCGCAGUACCAGACGACGACGGUCGGCUACAUCAACGCGCAGUGCGUACUCGUCGAUAAGUCUAUGGCGCCGGUGACGGACACAGACGCCGUGACGCCGUCGACGGCCAAACCGACAGCAGCACCCGCCAAGCCGACGGCAGCGCCUUUGCGCUUCCUCCUUGUGAACACGACGGCGGCGCCGGUGGCUGGCGAAGACGCGGCGGGCAACGACACGGCCUUGUCGCCAUUGACGCCCGUCAAGCCUCAGGCGUGCCCGACGAACGAGGGCCUCUCGCUCUCGGAUCCCGCGUGCUGGUUCAACACGGCGCACAAGGGCAGCACCAUCAGCGUGCAGUAUCAGUGCAUCUCGUACGACAUGUGCUUGCAGCAGUCGGCGUGGGCCAAAGACGAUCCCGCAGAGAAGGACGCGUACUGCCACCCCAAGGGCUGCGUCACGGGCGACCGCGAGCUCUGCAACAACCAUGGCACGUGCCAAGGCAACGAUGCGUACGCGCCCAUGGAGCCCAAGGGCUACUCGUGCCGGUGCUACGCAGGGUACUCUGGCAAGAUGUGCGAAACGCCGCUCAAGACCAAGGAGUGCGACGUCGACUGCGGUCUCGGCGGCGCCUGCAUCAAGCGCCAGUGCGUCUGUUUCGAAGGCUUCCUCGGCCUCGAUCCGCGAUGCGGGUCGUGCACGUCGAACGCGGCCUGUGAGAACGGCAACGAGUGCGACGUCGACUCGGGCGUCUGCAAGUGCAAGGAGGGCUUCAACGGCCCGACGUGCGGUGGCAAGCUCACGCCCUGCGCUGGUGUCAAAUGCAAGAACGGCGGCUUCCUCAACGUCGUCGGCACCAAGUGUGGCUGCCUCUGCCCCAAGUGCCCCGCCGGUAUGCCAUGCCAGACGUGCGGUGGCGCCGACAACACCGACUGCUCGACAUGCUCGGGCGCGACCACCGAGUCGGCAACGUCGGGCAGUGGCAGCAAGGCCAAGGCCGGCGGUCGCGGCACCUCGAGCGACGCUUCGACGAGCGCCCUCUCGCUCCUUGCGCUCGCUACUCUUAUGGUCCUCGCCAUGUAA